CUCUCGGCUCAGCGUAGCGCGGCCGGGCGCACCAAGCGCACUCUUUGUCUGCAGCGCCCGCGGCCCCUCGCCGCCCUCGCGCCCCGCCACCGGGCGCACGCAGCCAAUGGGGCGCGGCGGCGGCGGCGGGGCCGGGGUGUUGUCGGCGCCCGGCGCGCCCAUUGGCCUCGCUCUGCGCCCUCGGAGCCGAGGCGCCGGCCGGCGGGGAGGUACCGCGAGCGGCCGGCGCAGGGCCAGCAAGCGAGCCGGGAAUCGUGCGCCAGCAGCCGCCGCUGCCGCACCCCGAGCCUCAUUUACCCAGGGAGUGGGCUUCGACGGCCACCGGCUGGGCGAAGAGGCUGCGGGAGGAGGAGAAGGCCCUGGAGGAAGGCGGCCUCGCCCUGAGCCCGGCCAUGGCGCUGGACUUCUUGGCUGGAUGCGCAGGGGGUGUAGCAGGCGUGCUGGUGGGACACCCAUUUGACACGGUCAAGGUGCGGCUCCAGGUGCAGAGUGUGGAGAAGCCCCAGUACCGCAGCACCAUGCACUGUUUCCAGUCCAUCAUCAAGCAGGAGAGUGUAUUGGGCCUCUACAAGGGCCUAAGCUCGCCCCUCAUGGGGCUCACCUUCAUCAAUGCACUCGUGUUCGGCGUGCAGGGCAACACGCUGCGGGCGCUGGGCUGCGACACACCGCUGAACCAGUUCCUGGCCGGCGCAGCAGCUGGCGCCAUCCAGUGUGUCGUCUGCUGUCCUAUGGAGCUGGCCAAGACGCGGUUGCAGCUGCAGGACACAGGCCCAGCCCGCGCUUACAAGGGCUCGCUGGACUGCCUGGCACAGAUCUAUCGACGCGAGGGCCUGCGUGGGAUCAACCGGGGCAUGUUGUCCACGCUGCUGCGCGAGACACCCAGCUUCGGCGUCUACUUCCUCACCUAUGACGUGCUCACGCACGCGCUUGACUGCGAGCCCGGAGCACCACUGCUGGUGCCCAAGCUGCUUCUGGCCGGCGGCACGUCUGGCAUCACCUCCUGGCUCUCCACCUACCCCAUGGACGUGGUCAAGUCACGGCUUCAGGCUGACGGGCUGCGCGGUGCCCCACGCUACCGUGGCAUUGUGGACUGCGCUCGCCAGAGCUACCAGGCGGAGGGCUGGCGCGUGUUCACGCGGGGCCUGACCUCCACACUUCUGCGUGCCUUCCCCGUCAAUGCCGCCACCUUUGCCACCGUCACCGUGGUACUCACCUAUGCGCGGGGCCCUGAGGCCACCCCCGCGGCGCCCACCCUGGCCCAUCCCUCCAGCCUGUGACGCCCCUGGCUGUGGGCAUCGCCUCUGUGGGAUUGGGAAUGGCAGCAGAGUGACCGUGGCUGACAGCAUCACUCCACGUCUGCCGGUACUGGCUUUCUCAGCUGUGAGAUGGGGCCACUGGUGGCCAUUUGGUAGCAUCAUGAAAUGUCAGUGAGGUGCUGGGAAAGCCCAGCCAUGUGCCCCUGCCCCUCUCC